GCAAGCCGGCAAGGAGCAGCCGUGUAGGCGACAGUCGGCUCUCAACACGCCAAGAGACGGAGGGGCAGUGUGCGAAGAAGACACUUCAGCUUUUUUAGGAGAGAGCUGGAAAAAGUACAGUUCCAGAAAAAGAAAGAAGAGUUACCAGUUAACCCCGCAGCUGGGGGGGAACGCCGCGACGGCGCCGCAGACAUGGAUAAAGUUGUCAAUUGCGUGUUUGCCGCGAUCACCCUGCUGUUGUCCGUCCGAGGGGAAGUUUUUAAAGGCGAUUGUAACUUUGAGAAGCCACUGGCAGCGUGUGGGUACAGCCAAGGCCGGGAUGACGACCUUGACUGGGAGCAGUCCAGAGAGAAGACUUCAUCAGAUCCAUGGAUGCCCUCAGGGUCAGCCUUUAUGAUGGUGAACACAUCGGGCCGCUUCGCAGGGCAGAAGGCUUUACUCCUGACGCCUCAGCUGAAGGAGAACGACACGCACUGCGUCAUCUUCCAGUACUACAUAGGAGGCAGAGACAACAGCCACCCCGGUCACCUAAAUGUUUACAUCAAAGAAAACAACAGUCCCAUGGGAAUGCCGGUCUGGAAUGUCUCUAGUCCAGCGUCUCGCUCCUGGGGACAAGUGGAGCUGGCCAUCAGCACCUACUGGCCCAACUUCUACCAGAUUGUAUUUGAAGCCGUAACCUCGGGGCAACGCGGCUUGCUGGCCAUCAAAGAUGUCGUGGUCCAAGGCCACCAAUGCAUGAACACGCCGCACUUCCUGACUAUAAAAGGAGUAGAGGUCAACGCCGGACAGACGGCAUCUUUUCACUGCACCGUCAAUGGACGCAAGAGGGACAAUUUUCGCCUUUGGCUUCAGGGCAUCGGUGGACGGGAGGCCCCGAUGAAAGCCACUAAACCUUGGAACAACCGGCGCUUCAUAGGCACUUUCGACGUGGAGAACACAACCAAGGGCGACUCGGGCCGUUACCGCUGCAUUGUCCACUCAGACAAAGGAGUUGGAGUGUCCAAUUAUGGGGAGCUAACCAUAAAACAGCCCCCGGUGCCUAUUGCUCCACCCCAGCUGACUGCCGUCGGCGCCACCUACCUGUGGAUCCAGCUAAACGCCAACUCCAUCAAUGGGGACGGUCCAAUAAUUGACAGGGAGGUGGAGUACCGCACUGUGUCAGGUACCAUGUAUGACCUGCAGCCUGUGGACAAAACCACACACAAGAUCGGCCAUCUGGAUCCAGAUACUGAGUACGAGAUCAGUGUUCUGCUGACCAGACCUCUGGACGGAGGCACCGGUGCUCCUGGACCCCCUCUGAGGGCCAGGACCAAAUGUGCAGAGCCCAUGCACGGCCCACAUCGGUUGGAAGUGGUGGACAUCCAGUCCAAGCAGGUGACCAUACGCUGGGAACCUCUGGGCUACAACGUGACCCGCUGCCACAGCUACAACCUGACUGUCCAGUACCGCUCCAGAGUGGCUGGUAAAGACGAGACCCGGGAGGAGGUUUGUUACGACACCCAGAGCCGCGAUCCUCAGCACACCAUCCACAACUUGACGCCCUUCACAAACCUCAGUGUCAAGCUGGUGCUGCGAAACCCGGAAGGUGUCAAGGAGAGCUCCGAACUGGAGGUUCAAACUGAUGAAGAUGUGCCAGGAGCCAUUCCUCUGGAGUCCAUUCAGGGCAGCGCCUACGAGGAGAAAAUCAUCCUGAAGUGGAGAGAACCAGCGCAGACGUACGGGAUUAUCACUCAGUACGAGAUCUCCUACAAGGCGGUGAGCUCCUUUGACCCUGAACUGGACCUCUCCAACCAAAGUGGGAAGGUAGUGAAGCUGGGCAACGAGACCACCCACAUGUUCACAGGCCUCUACCCGGGCUCUACCUACUCCUUCACCCUGCGCGGCAGCACGGCCAAGGGCUACGGCCCCCCUGUCAUCACUCAGUUCACCACCAAGAUUUCAGCUCCCUCCAUGCCAGCCUACGACCAGGAGACCUCUCUGAACCAGACAGACAGCACAGUCACUGUACUGCUGAAACCUGCCCAGAGCAGGGGUGCACCCGUCAGUGCGUACCAGGUGGUGGUGGAGGAGGAACGUCCACGCAGAGCACGGGGCACAGCAGAAAUCCUGCGAUGCUACCCAGUCCCCAUCCACUUCCAGAACGCCACGCUUCUGAAUUCCCAGUACUACUUCACUGCUCAGUUCCCGGCUGCCGGCAUCCACUCGCCCCAACCCUUCACCGUGGGCGACAACAAGACCUACAACGGUUACUGGAAUGCCCCUCUGCUGCCACAGAAGAGCUACAGUAUCUAUUACCAGGCUGUCAGCACAGCCAAUGGGGAAACCAAAAUCGACUGUGUCCGCGUUGCCACCAAAGCCGCCAUACUCGUGACUCAGCUCACAACCCCUUACGUCCGCAUCGCCCCAGCGGCCGGCGACAACCAACUAACAGGAGCAGCCACUCACAAACCCGACGCGGUGGAGCCGGAGAAACAAACGGACCACACCGUGAAGAUCGCGGGAGUCAUCGCCGGUAUCCUCCUCUUCGUCAUCAUCUUCUUAGGAGUGGUGCUCCUAAUGAAGAAAAGAAGAACCUAUCACUCCUACACUUACUACCUGAAAUUGGCCAAGAAGCGAAAGGAGACACUGAACAGCACCCGUCAGGAGAUGACGGUGAUGGUCAACUCCAUGGACAAGAGCUACACGGAGCAGGGCACCAACUGUGACGAGGCUCUGUCCUUUAUGGACACGCACAACCACACGCUGAACACCCGCAGCGAGUGCGCCCUCACGCUGAACGGCCGCAGCGAGUGCAACCUCAACCUCACCCUCAACGGCCGAGCUGGAUCAUCGCCUUCCUCCUUCACGCUGCCAAAGGCCAACACGCUCACUUCAUCCAUCCCCGCCAACUCGUACUACCCAGAUCCCUUUGUGCCAACUGCCAUCUUAGACGAGAGCCAGAACAUGGGCAGCGACACCAGCAGCCUGGUGCAGUCCCACACCCACUCCCUGAGGAAGCGGGAGCCCGUCGACGUGCCGUACCAGACGGGUCAGCUGCACCCGGCCAUCCGCGUGGCCGACCUCCUGCAGCACAUCACCCAGAUGAAGUGUGCCGAGGGCUACGGCUUCAAGGAGGAGUACGAGAGCUUUUUUGAAGGACAGUCUGCGCCAUGGGACUCCGCCAAGAAGGACGAGAACCGCAUGAAGAACCGAUAUGGGAAUAUCAUCGCAUAUGAUCACUCCCGUGUCAGGCUGCAGGCCCUGGAGGGGGAACAGAGCUCCGAUUACAUUAAUGCAAAUUACGUUGAUGGUUACCACAGGCCAAAUCACUACAUCGCCACUCAGGGCCCUAUGCAGGAGACCGUCUUCGACUUCUGGCGGAUGGUGUGGCAGGAGAACACGGCAGCCAUCGUCAUGGUGACCAACCUGGUGGAAGUGGGCAGGGUGAAGUGCUGCAAGUACUGGCCUGAUGACACCGAGAUCUACAGAGACAUCAAGGUUACCCUGAUCGAGACCGAGCUGCUGUCAGAAUACGUCAUCCGGACCUUCGCUGUGGAGAAGAGAGGGGCACAUGAGAUCCGGGAGAUUCGGCAGUUCCACUUCACCGGGUGGCCGGACCACGGCGUGCCCUAUCACGCCACGGGCCUGCUGGGCUUCAUCAGGAGAGUCAAGUCCAAGACCCUGACCAACGCUGGGCCCAUGGUGGUGCACUGCAGUGCCGGAGCCGGUCGCACGGGCUGCUUCAUCGUCAUCGACAUCAUGCUGGACAUGGCCGAGCGGGAGGGCGUGGUGGACAUUUACAACUGCGUGAGGGAGCUGCGCUCACGGAGGGUCAACAUGGUCCAGACUGAGGAGCAGUACGUCUUCAUCCAUGACGCCAUUCUGGAGGCCUGUCUUUGUGGCGACACCACCAUCCCCGCCAGCCAGCUCCGCUCCGUCUACUACGACAUGAACCGCCUGGACCCGCAGACCAACUCCAGCCCCAUUAAGGAGGAGUUUAGGACUCUGAACAUGGUGACUCCGACGCUGCGGGUGGAGGACUGCAGCAUCGCCCUGCUGCCCCGGAACCACGAGAAGAACCGGUGCAUGGACGUCCUGCCUCCGGACCGCUGCCUCCCCUUCCUCAUCACCAUCGACGGCGAGAGCUCCAAUUACAUCAACGCCGCACUCAUGGAUAGCUACAAGCAGCCGUCUGCGUUCAUCGUGACCCAGCACCCGCUGCCCAACACGGUGAAGGACUUCUGGAGACUGGUGCUGGACUACCACUGCACAUCCAUAGUGAUGCUCAACGACGUGGACCCGGCUCAGUUGUGUCCACAGUACUGGCCAGAAAACGGAGUACACCGCCACGGGCCCAUCCAAGUGGAGUUCGUCUCUGCAGACCUGGAGGAGGACAUCAUCAGCAGAAUAUUCCGGAUCUACAACGCAGCUCGGCCCCAGGACGGGUACCGGAUGGUGCAGCAGUUCCAGUUCCUCGGCUGGCCCAUGUACAGAGACACGCCCAUGUCCAAGCGCUCCUUCCUCAAGCUCAUUCGACAGGUGGACAAGUGGCAGGAGGAGUACGACGGCGGCGAGGGACGCACCGUGGUGCACUGUCUGAACGGCGGCGGUCGCAGCGGGACUUUCUGCGCCAUCAGCAUCGUCUGUGAGAUGCUUCAGCACCAGCGCUCCGUGGAUGUUUUCCACGCCGUCAAAACACUGAGGAACAACAAACCCAACAUGGUGGACCUGCUGGACCAGUACAAGUUUUGCUAUGAAGUGGCGCUGGAGUACUUGAACUCUGGGUAAUGAGGCGCCGCUGCAGCCGGCAGAAGUGACAUGUUUGGGACAUUACAGACCACUGCAGCUCACGUGUGUGCAUUAUGCUUAAAAACAGUGUGCGACUGGACAGGAGCGAGGUACAUACCCGACCAUGCGUGCAUCUCCCUUUCACCAGCUCUCCUUCUUCUCGGCGGUCUAGACGGGGAAGCUCGUAGAGUUGUACAGCGUUAAACUGUUUGUGUCGGUGCCGGCGAUGGAAGGAAGCCACCGAGAGCACAAUGAGUGACUUUUCUUUGACUCCUUGACGCAGCCAGCUUCCUCCUCUCUGGAUCCCGUCCUCCGUCCAUUCCUCCCAGCCGCCCGUCGUCCCGUGGUCGUUGCCUUGAUCCUCACCGGACGACGAGCAGGUUUCCAUGGAUUGUGCUGUACAUACUGUACUGUUUCUAUUUUACGCUCUGAUUUCUGUUUCCGCUCAGCUCACUAUUACAAGCCACUAAGUGCAGGAGGUCAAAGCUUAAAUGUUACUAAAUGUCCUGUAAAUCUAUGACUUCUCGAUGACUACUGCUUUGUGUUGGGACAGCCGGCUCGGUCUACGUCUGCAUACAUUGUUUUCUUGUACAGGGAUCCAAAGCUUUAUUUGCACUUCCAUUGAAUUCUCGUUGUGCAUAUUGUACAUAUUUCUGUAGAUUAUUUAUUCAUGGUAUGUACUUUUUUGUGACUCGCAGUAAGUGACAAUCAUAUGUUCUAUAGGUUUGGUUUGUUCACUGUAUUGUGUGCUUUUUUUCAUCUUGUAUAACAGAGAAAAUCCAUUGUAAGAAAA